UGUCCCAAAUACAAGUUUAGAUUAUGAGUUAAAACGUCACUAAAGCGUGAAAAUUUUAAGCUCCCCCCCGUACCUCGAUUAAAAUGGUUUGGUCCGGUUUUAAACUUGAACGCUGCUCCUGUGUCUUUACGUGGUUUUUAACGGCAGUUACAGUAAUCGAUAUAUUGUUGUGAAGUGAGUGUGACGUUACGUGUUAUUAAAUUCACCUCCACACCAACACCAGGCUAUUGCUGAAAUGCCAAAUCAAAGAGACGAGGCCCCUGAUGAUUCCUCCACUGACCUUCCCUGUCUGGAAAAACUUGAGUCCCCUACAGGGAGCCCACCCACUGCCUCACUUUCCAGUCUGAUGGAGCUGGAAAACUGUGUUUCCAACCUGAGCCUCGCACAUGAGAUAGUGGUGAAUGGAGACUUCAGCUUCAAACCCAAGAGUCCUCCCACAGACAGCCUGGAGGGCAGAGUGACGGAGAUUGUUCACCGGGCGUUUUGGGACAGUCUUCAUGAGCAGCUGAACAGCGACCCUCCAAACUACAACCAUGCGGUCAUUCUGCUGCAGGAGGUCAAGACUAUGCUUCAGUCCCUGCUGCUUCCCGGUCACGUCAGGCUGAGAUCUCAGCUGGACGAGGUGCUGGACAUGGAUCUGAUCCAGCAGGAGGUCGAUCACGGAGCUCUGGACCUCCACAGACUGGCAGGAUACGUCAUCAACACCAUGGCGUCUUUAUGUGCACCUGUGCGUGACCCAGAGGUCAGAGCUCUGAGGGACCUCAGGGACCCUGUGGAGCUCCUGAGGGAGAUCUUUCGCGUCUUGGGGCUCAUGAAGACCGACAUGGUCAACUUCACCAUCCAGAGUUUGAGGCCUCACCUCUUGCAGCAGGCUGUGCAGUAUGAAAGGGCCAAAUUCCAGCAGAUUCUGGACAAGCAGCCAGCCUCUCUGGACAACACCACAGCUUGGCUUCAGGCGGCAGAGUCAGAGGAGGCGUCGGCCAUCAGUGCUCGCUCUGAGUCUCUCGGUCCUGACAGCAGAGGUCCUGUCAGCGCCACCGCCGUCCUCAACCGGGCCUACAUGCGUCUGCUACACUGGGACCCGCAAGACCAGAAAUAUCCCGAGACCGUGCUAAUGGACCGCACCCGCCUGGACGCUCUGGGUCGGCGGCUCGAGAUGUUGGUCCUGGAGGCGUCGGUGCUGCUCCUGACCAAAGCUCAGUGUGGGGGCGCCGUUUUCUCCCUGCAGGGGUUUGUAGGUAAACUCAGGCAGUCCGUCACUGCCCUGCUGGAGGGCAGUCACACCAGGGAAGCCGACCUGAAGGGGGCGCUGCUGGGUCUCGGGGAGACAGUACUGCAGCAAGUGACCGAAGCUGUGAACGGCCAGGGAGGAGCAGCGAUGCCUCAGGAGAGCCAAGAUCUGCUGAGAGGACAAAUAUCUGACCUGUGGAAGCACAACAACCCUGUUCGCACACUCAUAGGAGAAAGGGUACAGGGCUUCCUCCAGGCCACGCUGGAGGGCGGCCCCGCUAAAAGGAGUCCAGAGCUGCCCGCUGCCCUCAGGCUAGUGAGUGCUGAGCUAGCUGAGCUGGGGACGGCCUUUGGGCGAAUCGCCCACUUCAAUCGAACGGUCUUUGGCCCCUUCUACGCACCCAUCCUCAGGAAACUGCUCUUCCCACCAGGAGAGGCCGAGACCGGGGAGGACUCGCGCUAAGCUAAGGGCGACCCAUACGACCAUUAAUGACCUUAAUAUGAGCCGCUGUCUCGCAUUGUAGAUAUAUAGCUUUAGAGUGUAAAUACAGUGAGUGAGAAUGUUCAAGGAGAGCUCGGUAGUGAGAUGUCAGACCCAAAAUAUAAAACUAUUUGCCUUAAAAAGGAAGCUAAAUUAGGGACUGACGUAAGAGCAUCUUUCUGUUGGUCCUGUUGUUUUUUUGAAGAGACAUUUAUAUUCUCUGGAAAAAAGGAAUUUUGUUUUCUAUGAUUAUAUUUUGUUAGAUGUUUAAAAAGAAAAGUCUGAAUCAAAGCAUGAGGCAGGAACAGAAUUAUUAUUCUUAACCACACAUUUGAGUGCAGAAAACAUUAAGAAAACCUGAUGGAUUGUGUGACAGAAAUGAGUAAUAGCUUUCACCUUGAUAAGAGUAACUAAUAGUUUGUGUAGCGUGUUGAUGAGGAAAUUCUGUAUGAGUCAUAUUUUAGUCAUUGCAAGAGACUGAUUGUGACUCAGAAAUGUUUGUGAAAUUAUCAGAUGCUUGGAAAAAAGCCUCAGUUGGUUUUCACUCUCAAGACAAAACACCCUCAGGAAAAACACAAAGUACCAAAGAAAAUAUGCUAACAGUCUGUAAAUAACACUGAAGUUUUAAUAUGUGGCUGGUUUAUGUUUAUGUUGAUAGAUGUGUAUAUGAAACUCUUUCAAAGAUAAUGUAUAAUUUACCAAAGAUAGUGUGCACUUUUUUUAAACUUUUAAAAAAUAUUAUUUUUUUCCUUGCACCUUUAAUCACAAACCAAAAUUAUACUCAGUGUUUCCCCUACAGCAGUUGUAGUGGUUUUAGUGGUUGCGGGGCUUAUUUUGUAAAUAAGAUACAUACCCAAUUGAUUAAUUAAAAAUGGGCAUUCAAACAAAACAAAUGAAAAUACAGAAUUUCUGUAACAAAUCGUUGUUCACCUUGUUGAAUUUAAAGCAGCAUUUGGUGAAAAUCUUUACUGAAUAGAUUUAUAACUAAGCUAAACACAAAAGCAAGUUUCAAGGUCAAACUAAAAGCUUCAGAUUACUCUUAUAAAAACUGUAUUUAUUUUUUUUUACAAGGAGUAAUGGUUCAGAUAACUCAUUUGUUUUGCAUUACAAGCUAUAUUAUUGAAAUUUAAAGAGAAUCUUGAAUCCAGAAACAUUUUCCAGUGUAUGAAAAAUUACUACACAGCUGCGAUUCAAGCGCCGUAGCCAACGGCAAACAACUGUUAAUGGAGCCUGUGAUGCGAGCACAGCAGAAGAUUUCUGAUGAUUAUAUGCAUUUUUCCUACAGUUUCCUUUCUUUUUCUGUACACUAUGGAAAUUAUUUAUCAGACUCUCUCAUUUAUGUCAUUUAUUUAUAUUGUGUAAUCCAUUACAGUGUCAAGUCUAUACUACUAUAUAUAAAUUUUUGUAAGUGUUACAUUAUCUUUGUGAGGUAACGCAGUUUAACACUUUUUUUUUAUCAGUUUUUGGAACAGUCUGCACUCCAUCACUUCACAAAAAUAAUGUAACUUUGACAAAAAAAUAAUGCAGACUCGACGUUUGCUGUGAUGGAUUACACAACUCGAGAAAGUUCAGAGAGUCAGCUAACAUAUUUUCAUAUUGUGCACAAAUAAAUACACACCAAUGGAUACCUGAAAUUUUGAUAAAUGUUAAAAUACAUAAAACUUUCAAAAGAUUUGCAGAAUGGUGAGCUGUGAUUAGAAAUAUAAAUGAUUACGUCCUUUAACUUCGACUAAUUUUGAUACAACUCUUGCAGCGAUUAGUGGUCAUUUAAUGGUUCCAGUUUCUGCCUUUCAUGUCAUUUAUGCCUUCCAUAUCAUUACAUUAGAGUGACACAGCUGAACUUCAUCUGAAAGAUAAAUGUCUGGCAAUUUUUGCAAAACCCAGAAGGUUUUUUUUGAUAAAACUUACCAAAUAUGCAUCAGAAAAAAAGAUUUUUUUACUGGUUUACUAAGUUGCAACUCGAUAUCUCUCCAUAUCUCUUAACUUGUUUGGUAUGGGCACAAGAAAAAUACAAAUGUGUUAUUAUGUAUGAAAAUAUAAUAAAAUAUAUAUUUACACUAAUAUUAACAAAUAUAACUAAUAACAAGAAUUUGGUUCAAGUCAUACAAAUCAAGGAAAUGUAGUUGCAACUUGGGAAACAGGUUGGAAAUCCAUUUUUUUUUAUAAAAAUCAAGUAACAAACUAAGAUGUUUUUAUUGAGAUGGAAAUAUGCUGAAAAUACCUUCAGCUAUUGUUAAAUGACCUUCUUGGUUUUAUGAAAGAUUGUGAGGUAUUAACCUUUAAAAAAAAACAACCAGAUGUUUAGCUGUGUGACUUGAAUGUAAUUAUAACAUCAGAGGCACAAACUGGUUUUAGUCAUUUGGAUGAGAUCAGUAGAUUCGACGCCCACUAGUCUACCGCAGGGGAAACACUGAUAGUAUAAUUGUACAGUAAUUACCAUGUUGUUAUAAUUGUCACUUUAAAUUUUUAAACAGUUGAUUUAAUGUUUCUUUUUGUCUUUUAUUACUCAACCAUAAAAAAAAUCAAUACUGACAACAGA